UUAACAGUUUCUUGGCUCGCUUUUAUUUUAAAACUCAGGUGAAGGUAGUUUUUUGUUUGUUUAUUUAUUCCUCCUUAAAAGUAGUGUGAUAGGAGUUGGUUAGCGCCAAACGGAGGUGCAGAGAUCUUUGUCUUCCCGCGGCUGUCAGCGCCUUUUCUGCUGUUAAAAGAUGAAAUGAGAGGUUUUGCUCAAAAGCGGACCCCUGCUGAGGUUUUGGAGCAGUGAGUUAUGCUGAGGACUGUCUCUGACUGUCAGGAUGAGCACUACAGAUGGAUCUGGGGCCCUAGAGUAUGAUGAAGAGGCCCGUGUUGUGCAGAUCUACCCCAGGGUGUCGUAUGACACAGCUGCCUACUGUCCCCUGCAGAUCAGUGUUGGGGACACCGUGGCGUCGGUCAUCCACAAUGCUGUGGUUACUCUGGACCUGGACCCCAACCAGGCAUACGACCUGCUGGAGGUGAGGAAGAGCGGGGGAAAGGAGAGGCCGCUGGAGGCAGGGGACUCCCCUUUGGAGCGAGUCCUGCUGUGGCCCACAGAGGUGCAGAAGUGGCACCCUCAGAGCAAAGGGUACUACUACAUCCUGCAGCAGCAGCAGGUCAACAAUGGAGGGUGCAGAGCAGAGAUCUGCACAGGGGAGUGUGAUGACCUCUGCAGCCUCUCCACAUUGACUGAGGAGAAUGUUCUGGAGGUUUUACGCCAACGCUUCUACAAGCACAAAAUCUACACCUACGCCAACAAGAUCCUCAUCGCCAUCAAUCCCAAUAAGUUCCUGCCUGUUUACUACAACCCCAUGUACGUCAAAAUGUACGAGAACCAGCCACUGGGAAAACUGAGUCCUCAUAUUUUUGCCAUCGCCGACGUGACCUUCCGCGCUAUGCUGAACAGGCAGGCUAACCAGUGUAUUGUGAUAACUGGUGAGAGUGGCUCAGGGAAGACUGAAAGCAGCAGUUAUCUCAUUCAUUGCUUGACUUCACUCAGCCAGAACAUGUACUCCAGCGGGCUGGAAAGGACCAUCCUCGGGUCCGGGCCGGUGUUGGAGGCCUUUGGCAACGCCAAGACCACAAAGAAUAACAACUCCAGUCGUUUUGGGAAGUUCAUCCAGCUCAACUACCUGGAAAGUGGUGUCAUCAGAGGGGCCGUUAUUGAAAAGUACCUACUGGAAAAAUGCCGCGUGGUGACCAGAGAUAAGAGUGAGAGAAACUUCCAUGUGUUCUACUAUCUGCUGAUGGGCGCGUCCAAAGACGAGCAGGAAGAGCUACAUCUUCUAAAGCCACAGGAUUAUCUCUACCUCAAACAGGAAGACCUGCUUUUAGACGAUGAGGAGAAACUUGGGCAAGAGUACAGGAGGCUCCAUCAAGCUAUGGAGAUGGUUGGGUUCCUGCCCUCCACUAAGAAACACAUAUUUUCCAUCCUCUCCGCCAUCCUCCACUUGGGUAACGUCACAUUCACUCGGUCAGAGGACCCUCCGGGGUUGGAGGUUGGACCUCCUGAAGUCUUGUCUAUACUGUCAGACCUGUUGAAGGUGGAAGAGGAAUCACUGGUGAAUACUUUGAUCAAGAGAAAAAUGAUAACUGCCAGCUUCACCAUAGCUUUACCGUACACACUAGAUGAGGCCGUCGCAAUGCGAGACUCCAUGGCCAAAUCUUUAUACAGCGCUCUGUUUGACUGGAUCAUCCUUCACAUCAACCAUGCGACCAUGAACAGACGAGACAUGGAGGAGUCCGUCUCAUGUUUGUCCAUCGGUGUCCUGGAUAUGUUUGGGUUUGAAAACCUCCAGUCAAACAGUUUUGAGCAGCUGUGCAUCAACUACGCCAACGAGACACUGCUAUGUUACAUCAACCAGAACAUCUUCAGGCUUGAGCAAGAGGAGUUUGUGGAAGAGGGCAUUGUCUGGAAAAACAUCGAGUUCAGCGACAACACCGACUGCGUUCAGCUGUUCGACAAGAAGUCGAUCGGACUCUUCGACCUGCUGGAGAAGGAGAGCAGCCUCACCGAGGCCACAGACAAGAGUCUGCUGGAAAAGAUAAAGAAGCAGCAUCAGGACAACCCAUACUUCAAACCAUCUCCACACACAGAGCCAACUUUUGUGAUUCAACACUUUGCUGGGAGGGUUAAAUAUCACAUCAAGGACUUCAGAAAGAAAAACACAGAGCACAUGCGUCCUGAUGUCAUAUCACUUCUACGGAGCAGUGAGCGCUCCUUCAUCCAUCACUUGGUUGCUUCCAGCCCGGAAGCACAGUUCAGAUGGGGUGUCCUCCGAGCAGCCAUCCGCAUCCUCACAGUAUUCAAGAACCUGGGACGCCGGCGGGAAGAAUUAACUGCUGCAAGGCGGAAGUCUUUUAAAGAGAUACUAGAUAAGCGCCGGAGUACUUUGACUCAGCUAUCCAGUACCAGCACGAGUCUGGAUUUCUCCUUUGAUCACUCUGAUGAACGACCAGUUGAUGUAUUUGAUUUUUUGGCCAUGGGUCACGACCAAACCAGCCAGCCCGUUUGCAGUACUGGGCAGAAAAGGAGAACUAAAAGCGGUCGACAGAAGCAGAUUAUUCCAAAGAACCUUGUUGAUUUGCGUUCUCUCCGACACAUUAUUGGUCUCACGGGGCACGACCUAACCAGCAAAUCCAUCUUCCAUCCUCACCGAAAAUCAAAUCCUUCUACAGUAGGCUCUCAGUUCCAGACAUCACUCACAACUCUGAUGGACAGAAUUGCAAAAGCCGAGCCUUUCUUCAUUUUCUGUGUGCGCGCCAAUGCUGAAAAGAAGGAGCUGUGCUUUGAUGAUAAACUUGUCCUAAACCAAAUCAGGUAUACAGGCUUACUGCAGAUAGUUCACAUCCAGAAGUCUGGCUACAGUGCCAAAUACACAUUUGAGGAAUUUGUUGAGAAGUUUAGGAUUUUGUUUCCACAAGGAACUGCUGCAACUCCAGAGCACAUUACUGCACUGUUUGAGUGGAUGGCUUUGGAUAAGAAGACCUACCAAAUAGGAAAAACAAAGGUUUUCCUUAAGGAAAAGGAACGGCAACUGCUUCAAGACACACUCAACAAAGAAGUGAUGCGCCGCAUCAUCACCCUGCAGCGCUGGUUCCGCACGUGCCUCAUAAGGUUCCACUUUCUGCAGAAAAGAGACGCUACAAUGAUCAUACAGAGGAGAUGGCGUCAGUUUUCUCUGACCCAAAAUCGAACCGCUACAUUGAUGCAGGCAGCAUGGAGGACGUCCAAACACACGCAGUGGAAGCAGGAUGACGACGGCUCCAAAGACCGGGGCGGACGGGAAAGCUUGGGAAAAAGGGAGUUGAAGAGGCAGGAAAAAAUGGAGCUCAGUCCAAACAGGAUGUUGCAGCCUGACCCAGUCAAUAGUCAUGCUGUACAGCGGGACAGAAGCAAUGAGAAACGUCAAGGCAAAUCCCCUCCAUCACUCACCAGACCCUUCUCCGUCCCUGUAGAUCUAGUUUCCAUUAACAAUGACUCCACCAGCCACACUAAGGGAAACACACUUCAGCGCUACAAAGAUAUCGAGGGAUUCAAGGAGAAGGCCGAGAGGUGGAAGGACAACAGACAUAGUGAAGGAGAUUCAGGUUCUGAAGCACUCCGACAAAGAAAUCAUAGGAGAAAUAAAUUUCACACCAAAAAGUCCAUGUCUGCAGAUGAACUUUCCAAGAUCAGCUCAUCAGGCUCUGACAGCUCAUCUUCAGUCAACGAGAUAACUGAUGGCUCAAUGUUCUGCCUUCCAAUCCACAACACCAAUGAGGACAGCAUAGGACAUCACGACACCAGCACCCCUGAUAGGACUUGGUCUCUCGGUAAAUUCCUGAGGAAAAUGGCACCCAGAAUAUCCCCCAGCAGUGAAUCUCCAACAGAUAAAGCAGUCACCUUCUCCAAGCACACUUCACAUUCUAACCAAACGACAAACCAAAACAGUGCGAAAUCAAAUCGUAACCCCACCAUUCGAAUCAGCCGUGCCACACGGGGGUUGCAGUGGGACUCCUCUCUGGACCAAGAGGUUACUGACAGCAAGGAGCUACGAAACCUGGAUGAGUUCCUUGGGAAUCAGGUGAAUGAACUGCAAACUAGAAAGGAUCUGUCGCCAGCUGAGACGAUUUUUCUCACAGCCACGAUGCAGUUCAGAGAGGACAUCAAAGGCAUGUACUCUGUCCAGAAGCCCCAGAUUCACUACAAAGAUCUGAUGAAAGGUUUCCAUAACAAGGUGAACACGCUAGCAGGAGCCACUGAAAAGGGAGAAGUUCCAAUGGUGGUAAACCUCUUCCAGUCUGUGCUGGACGGCUUCAUCAGGGCCACAAAGAAACGAGCAGCGUCUGAACCUGCAAAGACGUUGAAGAAGAGAAGGAAAAAGGAUAAAAGUCUUGACAGUCCUCUGGAUCACCUGUUCAGCAAUUACCAGGUGAACAUUAUGCAGUCAUGUGACUUGUGUGGCUCCUACAUCUGGGUAAUGGAGAAAGCCUAUAUGUGCAGUGCGUGUAAGUUGAUAUGUCACAAGAAAUGCCUGAGCAAAAUCAUCACGGACUGCUCAACACGGUGUGCCAGGCAGGAUGGCAGUUUACCAGCAUCAGCUCACUUUGGCGUGCAGGUGUGCAUCCUCACCAGUAAAGCCAACCCCGUGCCCAUAGUGAUGGAGACGUUGCUGAUGCACGUGGAGCUAAACGGCCUCUACACCGAAGGGAUUUACCGCAAGUCGGGCUCGGCCUGCCGAGCGAAGGAGCUUCACCAGGUUCUGCAGAAAGAUCCUGAGACGGUAUGUUUGGAUAACUACCCGAUCCACACCAUCACAGGCCUCAUUAAACGCUGGCUCAGAGAGCUGCCUGACCCCCUCAUGACAUUUUCCCUUUACCACGACUUUCUGCAUGCUGUGGAAUUACCCGAGGAAGAAGAGAAAAUAAAGGCCAUGUACCAAAAGCUCGAAGAACUUCCUCCUGCUAAUUUCAGCACGUUAGAGCGGCUGAUCUUUCACCUUGUCAGAGUUGCAAAGGAAGAAGAGCACAAUAAGAUGUCACCAAGUGCACUUGCUAUUGUGUUUGCCCCCUGCAUCCUGCGUUCACCUGACUCUGAUGACCCCCUCCUCUGUAUGAAGGACGUGUCUAGGACUACACUUUGUGUGGAGAUCCUGAUCACUGAGCAGUUCAGGCGCUACAACGAAAAGAUGCAAAAUAUCCAGGAGCUGGAACACGCAGAGGCCAUGGCUGUCAAUCAACUCAGACUCAGAAGACAAGCCACGGUUGUUGAACAGUCCGAGCUCAAGGUUCCAGAGGAAACACAGCCGGAUGAAGCGGUGAAGACCCUCAUUGAAAGGAUCAAGUCCAUCAAGCAAGAAAAGUUGGACUUGGUCUCCAGGUUGCCUGAGCUGGAUCAGGAAGAAUCUGACAUUGAAAACUUAGACUCCUCAUCAUGGUUGAGCACCGACAGCCUGGACCUACUAGGGACACUGGACUCGGAAGGAAAAUCAAUCAUGCAUGUGAAAACCCAGGAACCUGACCUCCCUCCCAAACCUGCUGACCUGACACAGAGAAUUAGACAUCUAAUGGUUCAACGCGAUCAUGAACAGAAAGAGUUCACAUCUGGAGAAAAAGCAGAUGUUAUCCAGCCUAGCAAAGACACUCCCUCCCCAGCCAGCAAGCCCCAGAUAGCCAGUAAGAAGUUUAACGGGAGCUCUGACGACCUGGACAUCCCUUACAUUGACGAGGAUGAAGAUUUAAACGGAGAAUAACACCAUAAAUUGUUAUAAUUUGAAAAAUUCCCCAAAUGUGUGUUAAUGGAAACAAAAAAAUGUGCACUUUGUUUUGUAGACGUUUCGAUUUGUCCAUGCUGCUAUGGAAACGAACUGCUUUGAAAAUGUAUAUGUAUUUAAUGGGAGAUGAUGCUGACUGUUCUUUCGGGGAGGUAUUAUUAUUAUUAUGGCAGAUCUGGAUUAGUACUUCUCUUUGCAUCAGUAUACUGUGUGUAAUUUUUUAACCUAUUUCAGAAUUGUACAGCUCUGAUUUUAAUAAUAGGCAGAUAUUUUUGACGUGUUCUUUGUGAUGAGCUCCGUCGAGAAAUAUAGAACUUAAUGAAGAGCACUCAAGUACACAAGAGUGUCUUUUACUAAUUAACUAUGAGCUCAGUCACUGUGUUACUAAUGAAUGCCUUGUGUGUUGUUGGGGAAUAAAUAGCUUGUGCUUGUACCAGAAAACUUCUGACCUUGUACAUAAAAUGAUUCUGUCUCCUAAAGACUUCAGCGCUGCAUUUUGUGUUCUCAUCUGGCUCACAAAAACAUCCCUUUAGUUGUAUUUCUAGUUAUAUUGAUUUAAUUCUACACUACUGUGACUGAUUAAGUUUACCUGACUGACUUUGUUUGCUAUUGCAAAGCUGUGCAACUUCACCAAGUCAGCAUCUGUUUAUAAUUUCAUUUUAUUUUUUAUUUUAGGACAUCAUCCAAGUUUUGCCAAUAUCACCGACUGAAAUA